UCAAAUGUCAAAAUCAGCUGCGUGAUCUUGGUAUUGUUAGUGUUUAUUUGUAGAAAUUUAAUAAAUUUCCUUUAGCAUUAUAGAUAUUUAAACACCAAAAAUAUAAUUAUGGCGUCUCGCUUUAGUGGUGCGUUACAGUUGACUGAUUUAGACGAUUUCAUAACACCUUCACAAGAAUGUAUAAAGCCUGUAAAAAUCGAGAAAACAAAGACGAAAACUGGCGCAAAAAUAAAGAUAGGUGAAGAUGGCUAUUUUGAUGUGUCAAGUGGCAGAGAACAGAAACUCCAGAAGGUUGAAAUUACAUUAGCAGACUGUCUGGCUUGCAGUGGGUGCAUCACGUCGGCUGAAAGUGUGUUAGUCACCAAGCAAAGUCAAGAGGAACUGUUAAGAGUGUUCUCAGAGAAGAAAUAUACAGAUAACAAAGGAGUGAGUAGAGAUGUGAGUUUAAUAGUGGUGUCCCUGUCACCACAACCUACAUUAUCUCUGGCAGCCCGUUACAAACUGAGUCCUGAGGAAGCCACUCACAAGUUAGCAGGUUACUUCAAGAGUUUAGGGGCAGACUUAGUGCUGGAUAUGACAGUAGCUGAAGACCUGUCAUUGCUGGAGGCACAGCAGGAGUUCUUGCAGCGCUACCAGAACCAGCAAACUGAUCCUAGUUCUAAACAGCUGCCUAUGCUUGCUAGCUCUUGUCCAGGUUGGGUGUGCUAUGCUGAGAAAACACACGGCAACUUCAUCCUCCCAUACAUAUCGACGUCCAAGUCACCGCAGCAAGUGAUGGGCUCCCUGGUCAAGCAGUACCUCUCAAAGUGUCAGGAGCUGACGGCCGGAGAAAUCUACCACGUUACCUUCAUGCCAUGCUAUGACAAGAAGCUGGAAGCCUCCAGAGAAGACUUCUAUAAUGAAAUGCUCAGCUGCCACGAUGUCGACUGUGUUAUUACUGCCAUUGAGCUGGAACAAAUGCUGGACAUCAGCAACAAGGCCUUGAGUGACAUACCUAGUGCUGAGCUGGACUGGCCUUGGAGUGGCCUGGGGGAGGCCCCGCCAGCAUUACGCAGGCACAUCGGCUCGGGCUCCGGAGGAUAUGCUGACCAUGUCUUCUUGUACGCCGCAGAACAACUAUUUGGGCAGACUAAUGCACAACUUGUGUAUAAAAAUUUGAGGAACCCAGACUUCCGCGAGGUGACACUAGAGAAGGACGGGCAGGAAGUGCUUCGGUUCGCCAUCGCGAAUGGUUUUAGAAAUAUUCAGAACUUGGUGCAGAAGCUCAAGCGAGGCAAGUCGCCCUACCACUACGUUGAAGUCAUGGCCUGCCCAUCAGGAUGUUUAAACGGCGGAGCUCAAGUGCGCCCAGUGACCGGCGAGAGUGGGCGGGAGUUGGUCGCUCAGUUGGAAGCGAUGUACUCCGAGCUGCCACUGGCUGCUCCCACCGAGAACAAGCUGGUUCGCAAGCUGUACGCUGACUGGCUCGACGGUAGAGACUCGGAUAAGGCUAAAGCAAUGCUGCACACUGCCUAUCAUGCUGUAGAGAAAUCUGAUAUAGCACUCAAUAUAAAAUGGUGAUUGGUUGUAUUUUAGUUGAAUUCAUAUUUUUAUACUAUUAUUGCUAAUUGCACCUUCUCGGUUUGAGCAUACGGCUUAAAUUCGUAUGUCAGGCAUGUGAGGUUGAUGAACACACAUUAUCUUCAUAUUGCAUAUUAAUUGCACCUUUUUGGUUUAAUCUUACGGUUGAAAAUCGUAUGGUUGGUUAGUAGUGGUUGUUUUUUAAUUAGGAACUCUAAAAGUAUUUGUUAAAAAUUUAUUUUUAUAUGUUGUUAAGAUUGAACCUCUUGUAAUAUUCUGUUGUUAUACGAAAGUCGACUUUAUUUUGUGAAUUAUUAAGAUAUAAUUUAGAGUAAAUCUUGUUUGAGCUAUAUUGUGAUUCAGAAUCUAAUUCUGUAUAUUUAGGCGGUGUGUUUCCAAUACCUAUGUAAUAAAUAUAAAUACAUGUCUACAUAAUAUUUUAGAUCCCGAAAAUAUUUAUUGUAUUCUUGUUAAGUUACAAGUUGUUGUUUAUAUAUAUAUAGUUAUUUAAGUAUAUGUUGUCUGUCUAGCAGUAAGGUGUUUGAUGUACAUUUCCGAAUAAAUGCCGAAUACUUGUAAAUAUCACGGUCUAAUUGUAAGAACAAUACAAUCGUUUGAAAACGUCUCGUGUUUGUGUGCCCACCUAUUUGCAUUAUGUAUGUAGCACGCACCGUACAACCAACAGUACCUACUAAAUUCACUAUACAUAUUAAUUCUUUCUUUAUAUUUCAAGAUAUUUUACUUUAAAAGUUACAGUUUUCGAUUGAUAUUGACGACA